UACACCCCCUCCCCAGCCAACCUCUCUGGCGCAAACGACGACCCUGUUAUCGGUUAUCGAAGGUGUGCGCCGAGAACAAGUGUGUUUAAUCGUGUUGUUCUGGCGCUAUUGCUUCACUGUAAAGCCUAAUAGAGUGUUGUUUGCUUUCUGCGGUCACAGUUUGAGUGUGUGUUGUUUUCCCCGCCUUCAGAAAAACGGUAGGAGGGCACGGGAGGAGGAGGAGGGAAGCCAGCCGAUAUAUUGUUUUCAGCAGGCUAGCUAACUUUAGGAGAGUUUAAAAGCUAACGGCUCGACUCGUAACUGUUUGCGGGGAAGCAGGUAACAUUAACUCGGUUAAAAUGGUGACUUUCUCGGCUCUGGUUAGACCUCUGGGUUCACAGAUUCACCGACAGCUCGCCAGACAAGCCAGGAGUCACCGGAUAACGCCUGUCAGAGGAUGUAACCUGACUGCGUGCUCAAGCAAAUAUGUGCUGUCUCAGAUGCAUCCCAUGUGGCAGGGACCCCUCGCGGUACCAGGAGGGGAUCGUCAGUCUCCAAUUGAUAUUGUCGUACGAAAGAGCAUCUUUGAUUCAAAGCUGAAGCCUCUGGUUACCAAAUACGACCCGCAUACUUGCCAACAAAUCUGGAACAACGGUUACUCCUUUCUGGUCGAGUACGAUGACACUACAGACAAGUCCACGCUACAAGGAGGCCCCCUGGAAGACAAAUUUAGGCUUUGCCAGUUCCACUUCCACUGGGGUGAGACCAACGCCUGGGGCUCUGAGCACACUGUGGACAAGAAGCUGUUCCCCGCUGAGCUCCACUUGGUCCACUGGAACUCUGACAAGUACAGUCUGUUUGAGGAGGCAGUGAUGGAGGAUAACGGGCUGGCGGUCAUCGGAGUUUUUCUGAAGGUGGGAAAGAGACACGAGGGGCUGCAGAAACUGGUGGACGCUCUGCCUGCAGUCAGACACAAGGACAGUGUAGUAGAGUUUAACCGGUUCGACCCUGGCUGUCUGUUACCCACCAACACAGAUGACUACUGGACGUACCAUGGCUCUCUGACCACGCCUCCUCUGACAGAGUCUGUUACCUGGAUCAUUAUGAAACAGCACAUAGAAGUCAGCCAUGACCAGUUGGCUGUCUUCCGGAGCCUUCUUUUCACCUCAGCCGAGGAAGAUAUGCAGAAGAGCAUGGUGAACAACUUCCGUGUGCAGCAGCCUCUCCGGGGACGUGCCGUCCGCUCCUCCUUCAGUCCCUUCCUGAAGGAGGCGCCAUCCGCUGAAGGCGACAAGCACAACCACUGAUGCUGCUAGACCCUUUCGUCUUCUCUUAGAGUAACUCACACAGUGACCACUGUCCACACUUCUGUUGUUUUCCUUUCUUCAUGCUGUCAGAACAUGUUGUUGCUCAUCAACAUCUGAUGCUGGAAGCAGGUUUUUAGAGUGUAGCACAAUGUGUGUGGGGCUGGGGGGGUGGGGUUGGGUAGGCACCUGUUUCUGAUUGGUUGCGGUUUUUAUUUUCUUUUACAAUUUGGUUUGACUGUUGCAGACCAAAAGCCAAUAAGGGAUGCUUGCUGUGGGGAAAAAAUAAUAUUAAUAAGAAUGGUAUUUAUUCUGUAUUUACAGUCUUUUCAGUUACUGUAUGUAAAGUUUGUAGCUACAGCUGUGUGUAGGGAGUCACACCGAGCUGCAGGUACAAACUUCAUGGUCACAGCUACAGCAGAGAGUGCUCUGAUCUCCUUGCUGUGAUGUUUUUAUCCUUAUAAGGAGGCAGGAGCUGCUGUAAGUUUACAACACAAUGCCCUGGAGAUUUUACCAAACCGUCAGGGGGAAUGUGCCUGCCCAGUAAAAUACUCAACAUAUCUAAAAUCAUCAAUGUUUUACCACUUAGAGAGUUUAUUCUUAAAGUUGUAGGAUUUACUGUUUUGUGUUUUUGUUUUUAGUUUUUUUCCCAUCUACACAUUUUAAACCUUUAGUGUCGUCUCCUGAUACAAAGAGAUACUUGUAUAUUAUACUUUAUACAUCUUUGUUUGAUUCGGACAUCCUAUAAUUUAAAGAGUCUUAAAGGUAACUCUAAGCUUUGGUUCUUCUGCACAGAACCUGUGUUGCUGAUACGCACAAUCAUGCCUGGUUACUAUAGCACAUACAUGCAUCCUGACUGACCCAGAGUGCGUGUACCUGUGUCACAUUGGUGCACCCAGUUCUCUUCCUUUACUCUGGCUUACAGUGAUCUCCAUUAGACACUAUAACCACCGUGCCUUUAAAUGUUCUCUGCGUGGCUCACUGCUUUUGGCAGCUUCACCCUUACCCCUCACAGGAUGGAAAGUAUCUCAUCCCCCCAGCUAUAGCUCGGGUACAGUGGUUGGUGGUCACACUCAGAAAUGGUGGAGGCUCAGCUGAUAUUUACUGUGAUGCUCACCUCUUAUCUCCCAGACAGGUGUACUAUGAAACAAGGAGUUAGUUUUCAGUGUUACAAAGGAAACUCUCUUUGCUCUCUAUACCUGCUUAUGGCGAACUCAUAACCUGGUCUGCAGCAGAGUCAGUUGUCAGCUCAGCUAAUUUUGCCUUGGCCAAAAACUAAACUGAUUUCCACUGAUCUCUCUUUCAUUACACUAUGUGGCAGCAUCAGACCUGCAUGCACAUGUAAAAGCUUUAAAGUUGCAGCUGUCAUGGUAACCUAAAGAUGUAUUUGCAUAUAAAAUCCCAGAAUUAAAGGUUUUCUUCAGCAUUGAGCUUAUGACUUAUUGGCAACAUCACUGUUGGUUUUAUUGACCUCUGAAUAAAGCAGGCCAGCAGGCUGGGUUAACCAGAGUUUGAGGCUUUGUUGAGCCAGCUAACACAAAGAAAGCCUGACUAUGUUGAACUUGCUUCAUAGUACACCGGUCUGGUAAUCUGAAUGAAUCGAGUUGUAAUUGGGAGGAAGCUGCUGUCUUUAUUAGUCUCUGUGGUGCAGUUGUUGUGUUUUAACAGAAGAUUAAUCGCACUAAUGUGACAGAACAAAUCAGUCUGCUGUUUUUGGAUUGGAAGGGGUUUAAAGUUAGUUAUAUUUAGCAUAAAAUGUAAUGUAGAAUGCCCGAUCUACAUUAUCAUUAUUAUUAUUAUUAUUAUUAUUAUUGUUAUUGAUAUUUUAAAGCUAAAGACCUUUUGCAGGAUGUACUUGGACAGGUCACAGGAGGAUAAAUUACCUCUAAUGUUGCAGCAUGUUUUUAUUUUUAUAUACCAGGAUUCCACUAUUUGAGUUUUACCUGUAACCUAUCCAGAGGGGACCUAUUAUGCAAAAAUAUCUGCCAUUUAGAGCAGCGAUAAGCCUGUUUUUUGUCUCCCAGUGCACCAUCUAAAACUGAAUAUGAGGAUUCAUGAUUUUAGCAUAAUUAUAUGACAGAAUAUGAGCAAAAGCAUAGCAGUUUCCCUUUAAAGAUGUAAACUAGAAUAAAUUGAAAUGAUAUGCAGAUCCAGUGUAGGGACACAAAGGUUUGGAAAUCGGGAACGAUUUUAAUGCAAUGUUACAUCAUCUAGAAAGGUUUGGCAGUUGUCAUGCUUUGGCUCAUGUCCAGCAGCUGCAGUGCAUGAAAUUGGACUGUGCAGCAACGUUAGAAAGCUAAAAGGAAGUUUGAGGUAAAGUUGAAAGAGGAGGGUACUGAUGGAACGAUAGAAGGAGACACGCAUGCAGAGACUUGUCUGGCUCUGAGAUUGGUCUUAUUUUAGGACUGCAAACACUGCCCUGCAAACUGGAACAUCGCACCAUAUCUGGCCACUUCUAACGUCAUCUGUGUGCAAAGGUUUUCUCCAAUGGCAUACAGUUGCACUGAAGUGGGGUGAGAGGUCAUGGUUGUCUUAAUGAUCCCUCUGUAACAAUGCAACUAUCCAAACUUGCCCUCCUCCUGGCACCGAGGUUCACGUGAGGCUUUAACGCCCCGCUCCAUCUCCCCAGCGGUCCUCUGUUGGCCCCCCAGUCGAGGCAGAGCACGAAGCUGCACAGCGACUGGACUUCAGUGGACGUGUAUUGAAAAGAUACGAUGUGCACUGGGUGAUGUUAAUUGUUGUGACGGCUGCAGACUGGCUAGAUAAACAGUGAGGGGCCCGCAGAAGACAGAAAAGAUUUUAGCGUGAAGUAGAAGUGGAAUUUGAUGAGGUGGUGUGCUUGGAGUUUUUUCUUCUUCUUUGUUCAGUGUAUUGUACUAACACGGGAGACAAGGGACCCAGUGCUGCCUUCAUCGUGUACAGCUGUAUUUUAUUGAUGUAUUUGAAUUGUGCACCAUCAUCUGCCUUGGUUUUUCAUGGCUUUUUACUCAUGUUGUUACUUUCUUAUGCCUUUUUUAAAAAAAUGCAAUUGCAAUAUUAACAUAUUACAAUGCACAUGCUCAGUCAGUGCAGACUGAUUAUUUAAAUGGAUUGUUCUAUCAAAGUUUGAGGCGCUAGAAAUCUGUUUUUGGUGCUUUUCUUGAUUGACUGCUAAAAAUUAUACGUAUUUUUGCAUCAAUUAAAUCUAAUAGAAUAUAAAGUCUUCCUCUUUUUGUGUUUUUAUCCAUAUCAUUGCCUGCUUUUCUAAUCAUAGAGAUACUACAGGUCCCGCUGUACAAAAAUAUUUUGCACCUUUACUUCAUCUUUCCUAGUCUUCUGUAGCUCACUGUGAUGUUUUAGCAGGUGUCUGAUGUGUACACUGUAUGCAGUGCAUAUUUUAGCUGUUUAUUUGUUGAGUGUGUAGCCCACA